AUUCGACUCUCUUCUUCAACCUCCACAACACUUGUUUCUUCCUUCUUCACUACAUACCGAAUCCAUUCCAUAAUCAUGUCCCGGAUUAAAGAUUUCUUCACCGGAAUCUUGGACUCCGGCAAGCACAAUAGCUUAUCCAACAAAAGAAAAAAGCUCUUCUUAGCUGCUUUUGCUUCAAUCCUACUAGCCUCCGCUCUAAUCGGCAUUGUCGUCGGAGUCAAAUCUCGUAAAUCCAGCUCCGGCGACACCAGCCCAGAAAGCCUCACAGCUUCCUCAGCUCACUCCAUCGUAAAAUCAGCAUGCAGCAGCACAUUUUACCCUGAACUAUGCUAUUCCACAGUCACAAGCCACCCCGAUGUCACCACAAAGGUCAAAAAUAUUAAGAACGUGAUCGAACUUGCUGUUAAUAUCACAUUAACCGCCGUCGAGGAGAGUUACUUCCGUAUAAAGAAGCUCAGCGCUCGGAAAACUCUCACUGAACGCGAGGUCACGGCGCUUCAUGACUGUCUUGAGAUGGUAUCGGAGACGUUGGAAGAGCUCCACGAUGUCGUUAAAGACCUCAAGGAGUAUAAAUUGAAAGGAUCGAUCAAGCAGCAUGCCAUCGACCUCAAGACGUUGAUGAGCUCCGCCAUUACCAACCAGGAAACUUGUCUAGACGGUUUCUCCCACGAUGGCGCUGACAAGAAAGUCCGUAAGGAACUGGAGAAAGGGGAGAAAAGGGUGGAGAAGAUGUGCAGCAAUGCUUUAGCGAUGAUUUGUAACAUGACGAAUAAGGAUGUGGCCGAUGAGAUGAAGAUGAACGUCGGAAGGAAAUUGAAGGAGGAGGAACAGAAUGGUGAAUGGCCGGAGUGGUUGUCUGCUGGAGAUAGGAGGUUGUUGCAGACAGGGACAGUGACGCCAAACGUGGUGGUUGCUGCCGAUGGUAGUGGAAACUACAAGACGGUGGCGGCUGCGGUGGCUGCAGCGCCGUCAAAGAGCAGUGCAAGGUACGUGAUCAGGAUAAAAGCUGGUGUUUACCGGGAAAACGUGGAGGUGCCGUCGGCCAAAACUAACAUAAUGUUUUUGGGAGAUGGAAGAAAGAAUACAAUCAUCACCGGUAGCCGGAGCGUUAAAGGAGGAAGCACAACCUUCGACUCCGCCACCGUCGCUGUCGUUGGAAAUGGAUUCUUGGCAAAAGACGUAACAUUUCAAAACACCGCCGGAGCUGCAAACCACCAAGCAGUGGCACUUCGUGUUGGCUCAGAUUUAUCCGCUUUCUAUCAAUGUGACAUGUUAGCUUACCAAGACACACUUUACGUCCACAAAAACCGUCAAUUCUACAUCAACUGCCUGAUCGCCGGCACGGUGGAUUUCAUCUUCGGAAACGCUGCGGUGGUGUUCCAAGACUGCGACAUCCAUGCUCGCCGCCCUGGAUCAGGUCAAAAGAACAUGCUAACAGCACAAGGACGCACCGACGCCAACCAAAACACAGGGAUUGUUAUUCAAAAAUGUAGGAUUGGUGCUACUUCCGAUCUGCAACCGGUGAUUGGAAGUUUUCCGACGUAUCUCGGACGACCAUGGAAACAGUAUUCAAGGACAGUGGUGAUGCAGUCGAGUAUUACCAAUGUGAUUCAACCAGCCGGAUGGUAUGAGUGGGAUGGGAACUUUGCGCUCGACACGUUGACCUACCGUGAGUACCAGAACACUGGUGCCGGAGCUGGAACUUCCGGUAGAGUAAAAUGGAAAGGAUAUAAGGUGAUUACAAGUUCUACAGAGGCUCAAGGGUAUACUGCGGGAACCUUCAUCGGUGGUGGUAAUUGGUUACGCGCCACCGGUUUUCCUUUUUCAUUGGGUUUGUAAGCAAUUAAGCAUGUGAAUUUAGUGUAAGUGUUGUGUGUGUAUCUAUCGAAUAACGAUGGUGUUUAAGGAACAUCUUGUGCGGCAUUGUAUUACGAAACAGGAGUAAUUUUGUCAUAAAUGUUUUGGUAUUGUAAUUUAAUCCCAUAUAAUGUAAAUGGCCGUUUUCAAACUUUCAUGAAGAAUAAUAGCCACUUAUUAUUAUUUA